GAUGGGCGUGUCACGUGGUGAGCAGUGCGCAUGGCAUGGGCGGCGUGUGUGGGGGUGUGGGAAUCAGUAUUGUCGGUCGUCUGUCUCCGUCUCCUUCCAGCUCCGGUGCCAAGAAUACCGCAGCAGUCUAUCCUGUGUGACCGAUAGACGGGAGUAGCGUCGCUAGAUCCACGCGCCAGGCUUUGUACGGCCCGAAUCGACAGCUGACGUCCCCUCUUUGCAUCCUGUCCCCUCCGUCCUUCAACAAAGACGUCGCCGACAUAUAGGGGAGCCGACCGACCGCAAUAAUGGCUCGGUGUUCGCUCAAGAAGAUUGUUCUAGUGGCUGUGGCUUCCAUUUCUGUGGCGUGGCUCGGCUUUCUCGGCUACAGCUACGCGUUCGCUUUCCGUCAGAAGAGCAUUCUCCGCUACAAACUGGAGGAAGAGUUAAAGAGUUACUGGGGGAAAAACUUGGUGCCGGAGACGGAGGAGGAAAAGGAGAAGGAGAAGAUGGGGUUCCAGUUGAACGGGUUUAACCAGUUUCGCAGCGACAGGAUCGCCCUGAACAGAGAGAUCCCGGACACAAGAGACCCCAGAUGUGUGGACAGACGUUAUCGCACCGACCUGCCCACUGCAUCGGUGGUCAUCAUAUUCCACAACGAGGCGUUCACAGUUCUCCUGCGAACCAUCACCUCUGUCCUCGAACGCUCUCCUGAAGAACUUAUUCACGAGGUUGUGCUUGUGGACGACUUUAGUGAUCACGAGGAUCUGAAGAAGAAGUUGGAAGACUGGAUUUCCCCUAGCACGAAGAUCAAGCUUGUUCGCCACAGCAAGAGGGAGGGACUAAUUAGAGCUAGGAUUACAGGGGCCAGCGCGGCGACAGGGGACGUACUUGUGUUUCUAGAUUCUCACUGCGAGGCCAACAUUGGCUGGCUGGAACCUCUCCUGGAGAGAAUAAAGGCCCACCCGGGAGUGAGGGGAGGGUUCAACUGGGGUCUCCAGUUCAAAUGGAAGAAGAUCCCAGACUACGAGCAGGAGAGGAGAGAUCACGAUGAGACGAGGGAGGUGAAAUCGCCGACAAUGGCUGGAGGACUGUUUGCCAUAGAUAGAAAGUACUUCUAUCACAUCGGAGCCUAUGAUAUGGGCAUGAGUAUCUGGGGUGGAGAAAAUCUCGAGAUCUCUUUCAGAGUCUGGAUGUGUGGAGGGCAGCUGGAGAUCAUACCCUGCUCCAGAGUUGGUCACAUCUUUAGGAAAAGACAGCCCUACACCUUCCCUGGUGGAGUGGACAAGAUUCUCGUCAAGAACAACAUGAGACUGGCUGAGGUCUGGAUGGACGAAUACAAAGAGCACUAUUACGCCAAGAGGCCAGGGAUUGAGAAGAGAGACUACGGGGAUACCUCGGAGAGAGUGGAGCUGCGGAAAAAACUGCAGUGCAAGUCGUUUGACUGGUUUCUGAAACACGUUUACCCCGAGUUGCCCCUCCCCAACGAGAACCUCUGGCACGGUGGAGCACUCCACAAUCCCCAUUCCAGACUCUGUCUUGAUACGUAUGGACACAGAGAGGGCGGGGAAGUUGGUCUCUACAUGUGCCACGGACAAGCAGGCAACCAGGAGUUUGGGUUCACAGAUUUGGGAGAGCUACAAUUUGAAGAAGACCUGUGUCUCGAUGUUGCCUCGCAGCGUCCUGGUGCCCACAUCACAAUCCUCAACUGUCACGGACUUGGCGGGAACCAGAGAUGGAUUUAUGACAACAAAACUCAUGUAAUGCAGCACUCUGUCAGCAGGCAUUGUCUGGAUGUGGGGGAGGGGAAGACAGCUGUCAUGAACGUCUGUGUCCCUGGCUCUUCAAGCCAAGAGUGGGUCUUUGCCCGCCAUUACGUCCCCAAAAGAAGACUAAAAGAGCCCGAACAUAAAUGA